AUGGCUCCAAGCUUCGUCAAGAGAAUCACGCUGUUCAAAGUCCCCAAGGAGGAAGACAUUGACGCCAUACUCGGACAGUAUGAAAUUAUGAGGACGACGGCAGAAAAGGACGGCCAAAAAUACAUCGUCUCCAACGAAGCCAACCGCGUCCUCAACACCUCCGAGGAACGCAGCCAGGGAUACACCAUUGUGGCGGUGACAACCUUCAAAUCCAAAGAAGACGUCGAGUAUUACGACAAGCAGUGUGCGGCGCAUAAGAAAUUGCGCGAGUUCAUUGCGCCACGGAGGACGGGCUUUGCCACUUUGCAUUAUGAGAGCGAGUUGGGACCUGGGGCAUAA